UGUUUAUUUUUUAAUCUGAGACUCUAAGACCUUCUUUUAUAAAGUAUCAGGCCAAAGUGUACUGUUUUCUUAAUUUUGUGGAAGAAAUAGAUACCAGCAUAGAUCUACUGGGGGAGAGUUUUAAGGCAAAGUUAGGUAGGUCUUACGUUCACAGCCACACCUGAGACAAGAACACUCUGACAAGGUUCUGAUUGAUCACAAUGACAACAGCGGCACGGCCCACAUGGGACACCGCCAAAGGUGGUCGUGGGAAAGGAGAGGGGGAUCUCAGUGCUUUGUCCAAACAGUACUCCAGCAGAGAUCUCCCAUCACACACAAAGUCCAAAUACAGACAGGAGGGCCAGAACACUCAGGAUGAGCUGAGAGGCCGUGACUUCCGGCGGGAACUGGAGGAAAGAGAAAGGUCAUCGAGGGAGAAGCGAGACCGUGGCCGAGAUUCUGGCAGCAGUAAGAGACCUCGACUAGAACAAAUUCCAGCGGCUAACUUGGAUGCUGAUGAUCCUGUGGAUGAUGAUGAUGAAGAAGAGGAUUCUGAUGAUGAAGAUGAUACUGCAGAAUUGCUAGCAGAAUUGCAGAGGAUAAAAAAAGAAAGGAUAGAAGAGAAAGCCAAGAUGGAGGCGGAACGGAAAGCAGAAGAGGAGCGGAUCAGAACGGAAAACAUCCUGAAAGGAAACCCUCUCAUGGCUCAGGAGAAGCAGUCCGCCACAGAUUUCAAAGUGAAGCGCAGGUGGGAUGACGAUGUAGUCUUCAAAAACUGCGCCAAGGGAGACGAGUCAAGAACAUCCAGGGGAUUUAUUAACGACACACUACGCUCCGAGUUUCAUAAAAAGUUCAUGGAAAAAUAUGUCAAGUGAUACCACUGCCCCUUACCCUUGGGGGUUGUUUUUUUUCUCGUCAAGAAUUGUCGUUUUCAUCAGGAUUUUAACAUGCUCAUUUUGAAGAUAACAGUCAUGCCCCAUGAUGUACAAAUGUAUUCCUUUUCAUGUUCAUAGCUCAUGUUGUAAGAAAUGUAUUGUGUGACUGGUAUUACUUCUACUCAAAUGACUAGAAAUGUAAAUGAUCAUAUUCCAACAGAAGAUCAGAAAGUAGUUGUUUCUUUUAAAAUUUCUUUUAAUUGUAAAAUGCCAAAAAUGUAAUGGUACAAUUGAUAAGUCAGUGUAAAGACUAUUUAGAGGCAACAUUUUAGUCAAUAUACUUUACAGACUCGAAGGCCUCUUGCAUAAUUGGUGUCAUGCUAGACUAUGGUGUAGAUGACCUUGUUUUGAAUCCCCACAGUGGUAAGAGUAAUUUUAGAUUGUUUUAUUAGUUAUUUUUUAAUAGGCUCCCCACCUGCUUAGUUCUGUCCUUUCAGAGAUGGCUGUUAACUUCUUCGGUCUUGCUUCUCUGGUAAGUCUGUUCAAAGGGGCAUCAAACUGUGUCAUACCAUCUGUCUCUUUUCUCACCUUCAUUAGUUGUUGGUCAAAAAUAACAAGUGUUUGUAAAGUAGGACAGCUUCAAUUUCAACAAGAAUUAUUUGCUGUUGCAAGGCCUUAAGUUCAGAUUUUGUAUCUCUUUGGUGAAUGUAAACUGUAUCAGUGCCAGGACACAGAAUAAAGAAAAUGUGCGAACA